GAGUUGUUGGCGCAUGUGUAUAUAUAUAUAUGUGUGUGUGUGUGUUUUUGUUUUAUUAUUUAAAACAUUAUUUUUGGCAGGUUACGACAUAGCUUUUUGUGUUUAGAUCUCGUUUUAAAUUUACUUUAGGGACGUAACAGCUUUUUUAAAAUCAAAAUACAGAGAAAAAAAACUGGACUAGGUUAACCGUUUAAAAGUGCAGCAAGGGGUUUCAUUCUGUCUCUUGAGAUAGUCCUUUGAAAAUUGGCUUUGUAUUUGCAAUAGUUCUGCGCAUGAGUGUUUUUUUAAAACAUGUCAGAAGAGCCAAUCAGCAUUCGAUGUUUCGCUAUCCCUGCCUCAUACUUCCAAGUCAUUGGUUUGUUUUUUAGUUACAAUUCGAGAUUUUCGUAAGAGCUGCAGAUGCAUAUGUCCGUGUUUAAUUAUUAUUAUUAUUAUUAUUUUGUUUGUUUUUGUUGUUUUAUUAAAAUGAGAAUGUCAACACUUAGUGUUAUAUCACGUCACUACUGUCAGUGUGGAUACGUUUUGAUAUAGGUAUUGGUAGGAUAUCUAUUUUAUUAACAUACAUGAAGCAUGUAAACAUGUAAAUGGGAACGGCCGUCUUUUUGUUUGCUUGCUGGCUUUGAGUGAUACAAUGAACUCGAAGUUUGAAAACGAAUUAAGAGUAAAACGUGUUUCUGUACGUAAGAGAUCGAGAGAUGGGAAGAGCAGCUGUUUAACCCCUGUCAAGAAAAAAACCUGCAGUCCCAGGCACAUUCGUGAAGCUGGCACGUACAAAAUUCAGCUUCAUCAUCAGGAUAUUGAAUGGAGAGAAAAAAACGAGACCACUGAAUUAGCUCCAGACAUGCAGGACAAGGAGUGUCACAGUGAUGACGAUCUCUUUGGAGACUAUGACAGCCUUGCUAACGAAAGCUCCUUCCUUGCAAAGCUUGAUGAUGUAGAACACAACUUUGCACCAGCCUGCAGCAGUCCAUACUUGGAGACUGUGAAGCACAGAUAUGCAAACAAUGGGAAAGCAGUGGCAGAAGUGAGAAACUUGGAGGCACAUUCAGAUGUAAAGGUCAAAUUCCCUGCCACUGAAGACUUCACUGUUUUAAAAACAGUAAAUUGCAGAGAUGACACAAAACCAUGCCAUGUGGGAAAUACUGAUAGUAUCCUUAUUUCAGAUUUAAUGGAUGACUUUUUUGAUGACUUACCAAGCUCCCAACGCAUAUUACAACAAGAAAAUGAAACUGUAACAAAACAAACAUCAUCAGAACAAAGUGGACCUCUUAAUCCAUUUAGGGGCGAGACGUUUUCUGUUAAAGAAGACGAAGACCUUACUGGACAUAGUCUAAACUCUGUGACACACCUUGCAGAGCCAGCCUUGAACAGAAGGAGAAGCCUGAAAGAUCAUCUGAAAAGUACUAUGACAGGAAAUGCUCGAGCACAGUCACCCCAGGUCUUCAGGGCUAAACAGCAGAAAGAUGCUGUGGUUACUAAGGAGAUCAAUUUAGCAGUGAAAACUGUUGAGUCUACCUCAGACGUUGACCUUGGUCCCUUUUUUGGAUUGCCGAGCAAAGUUAAAGAGUUGAUUCAGAAACAUCGGGGCAUCAAAGAUCUUUAUGAAUGGCAGCGUACCUGUUUGACGCUAGAAUCUGUUCAGCAGAGAAAAAACCUGAUUUAUUCAUUGCCAACAAGUGGAGGCAAGACUUUAGUUGCUGAGAUGCUGAUUCUUCGUGAACUGCUUUGCAGGAAAAAGGAUGCGUUGUUCAUUUUGCCAUAUGUGGCCAUUGUACAGGAAAAGGUCCGGGGUCUUGCCAGUUUUGGUCUGGAGCUUGAUUUCAUAAUAGAGGAGUAUGCAGGGAGUAAAGGGAAGUACCCUCCAAUCAAGAGGAGACUGAAAAACUCACUCUUUAUUGCUACCAUUGAGAAAGGACACAGCCUUGUGAAUUCUCUCAUAGAGGCAAAUAGGCUUGAAAGUGUGGGUCUGAUUGUAGUGGAUGAGUUGCACAUGCUGGGAGAAGGCAGCCGAGGGGCCAUUCUUGAAAUUACACUUGCCAAAGUUCUCUUUGUAAGCAAAACCACACAAAUCAUAGGAAUGAGUGCAACCCUAAAUAAUGUUGGUGAUCUGCAGAAGUUCCUCAAAGCCGAGAAUUAUUCCAGUGACUUCAGACCUGUCCAGUUAAAAGAGUAUGUUAAACUAAGUGACUGCAUUUAUGAGGUUGACUGCAAAGAAGAAGAUUGUUUCAAGUUUUCUCGACCCUUAAGUUUUAAGUACUCUAGCAAUAUGAAGAAGAUGGACCCAGACCAUUUGAUUGCUCUGGUGACGGAGGUCAUUCCAAUGCAUUCCUGUCUCAUGUUCUGCCCAACCAAAAAAAAUUGUGAAAAUGUGGCUGGAAUGAUUUGCAAAUACCUAAACAAGUGUUUUAUACAACACAGAGAGAAAGAGAAGACAGAUCUGUUGGAUGAGAUUAGGAGUGCUGGAAAUGGCAGUAUCUGUUCUGUUUUAAAGCGGACCAUCCCUUUCGGGAUUGCGUAUCAUCACAGCGGCCUCACCAACGAUGAAAGGAAAUUGAUUGAGGAAGCCUACUCCGCUGGGGUGCUCUGUCUCCUGACCUGCACAUCAACUCUGGCUGCCGGAGUGAACCUGCCAGCACGUAGGGUAAUUUUGCGAUCUCCCUACGUAGCCACAGAAUUUCUAAAGAGAAACCAGUACAAACAGAUGGUAGGCAGAGCUGGUCGAGCUGGUAUUGAUACAUCAGGAGAAAGCAUUCUCAUUAUCCAAGAAAAGGACAAGCUGCUGGCAAAGGCGCUAGUGAGCAAACCACUAGAAAACUGCUACAGCAAUCUGAUACAUGACAACAGAAAGGGUCUGCAGAGUCUAAUCCUCUCCCUCAUUGGGUUAAAUAUAUCGAGAACUCCAGCUGGUAUUCACGAGUUUCUGUCCUGCACUUUGUUCAGUGUGCAGCAGGAACAUCUCUCCAGUGAGAAGAGCCUUUGGGAUCUAACGAUGGAAGCUGUAAGUUUCCUGACAGAGAAAGGACUCAUUAUGAGCACUGCUGGCAGUCAUGGAGAUGCAGUUCUUGAGGUUACAAAGCUAGGGAGAGCAACUUAUAAAGGUUCAAUAGACCUGCCUUAUUGUGAUGUUCUGUACAGUGAUCUCAAGAGAGGACUGGAGGGUCUGGUUCUUGACAGCAUCCUUCACUUGGUCUACUUGGUGACGCCGUACGACAUGGUAGCUCAUUGUAAACCAGAUUGGAUGAUCUAUUUCAGACAGUUUACUCAGCUAACAGCAGUGGAACAAAAUAUAGCAUCUAUGGUAGGUGUGCCAGAGAGCUACAUUGCAAAGAAGGCUUCAGGGCAGAGUUUAAAAAAGGGGGUGGACAGUCUCGCAGUGAAUAGAUUCUACCUCUCCUUUGUGUUGUUAGCACUCCUAAAGGAAACCAACGUAUGGGUUGUGGCAGAUAAAUUUAACCUGGCUCGAGGCUUUGUGCAGUCCUUGCUUGCUUCAUCGUCAGCCUUCUGUUCUUGUGUAGUACACUUCACUGAGGAGCUGGAAGAGUUCUGGGCUUACAGAGCUCUCUUCAUUGAGCUUACAAAGAGGCUCACCUAUUGUGUGAAGGCAGAGCUCAUUCCUCUGAUGGAAGUAGCAGGAAUUUUAGAGGCUCGAGCCAAGCAGUUGUAUGUCGCAGGAUAUAAAACACUGGCCCACCUUGCAAAUGCUGACCCAAACCUGUUAACAAAGACAAUCCAGAACAUGUCCAAACGACAGGCCAAUCAGAUCGUUGCUUCUGCUAAAAUGCUAUUGACUGAAAAAGCUGAGGCGCUUCAAGAAGAGGUGGAUGAACUUCUUACAUUCCCAUCUGAUCUUCCUUCAUGAGGAUGCAUAUUUUAUAUAUAUAUAAAUAUAUAAUAGAUCAAUAAAUACUGUUUAAGCUUGGGUUUCAGCUGUUUUGCCUUUCACUUGGUUGCAUAAGAAUAUUUUUCCAGCUGUAUUACUUUUUGUUUGGAUCUCAUACACACAUUGGGGCUUGUUGCAGUGUGAAAUGUCCAAGAAGUGUUCUGUUAAAUAUUUAAACCUUCAGUUGCACAUAACACUUAAUUUCACUUCCUGGACAUAAUCUGGUGAACUCAGCACUAAGGGCUUGAUUUAAAAACAACCGUAGCAAUGUCUGACUGUGUUAUCUAGGUUUAAUACAGCUUAUAAAACAGAAUGUUCGGCUGCUGCACGCUGAUUGACUGUUGAGGACUUUUAACCAUGCAGAUAUAUCAAGUAGCACAAUGCACGGUGGAACUUAGAGGUCAGUGUUGGGCUACGGAGGGAAAACUAAACAACGAGCCAUGUAAGGCUAAUAAAAAGUUAAUUUGUUUGUAACAUUUGAAAUAAUUCUGUUUAGGCUUUUACCAUGAUUUAAAACCAAAAAAAAUUAAGAGUUAUAUUUUCCUUUUGUGAAAAAACUAUGGAAAUUGCACUUGGGAGGAUUUAAACUAACCAAGCACGUGCACAUAUUUUCACAUAUUUAAAGGUUAUGUUAAGGACCCUGAAGUCCAUUACCUUUUAUUUUCUACUGAAAAAUGCUUUUGUUUUCCUAUAAAUAAAUAAAAAUACAUGAACAUUUAAUAUUUAAUCAGGAAGGUCACAUUGAGACACGUGUAUUUUUCAAGGAAGUUGAAGCCAAGUUCUCUCAACCAAAUAUCACCCCAUAAUUGACUGACAUGUGAUACCUGGCUUUACAAUUCUUGUUAUAAGAUCCAAAUUACUUAAAACUAAACAAUUAUUUCUCUCAUGCUUGCUACUUCUAGUUUGACAACUUUUGCAAACAAACGCUGAAUACUCUUGCACAUAAUCAAGGAAAUCUAAUGCAGUUGUUCCUUUAAUUUGUUCUGUGAUGUGCAAAAAAAAAAGAAAAAAACAUGCCCCUGUGACAGAAAAAAUGAAUCUUGGUUAUAAAUUUCCCUUCUGACUUAUGGGGACGCUGUGUAAAAGGAACAAAGUGCCCCGGAUUGGAUGGUCUGACCAUUCAUUUUAUGGGAAAGGUGGAAGUCAGCCAUCUAGAAAGGGGGGGGGAGCUAUGGUACACCAAGUAAUCACCCCAGAAGGGAAGCGAUGCGGCAACCAUGGAUUGGAGGAGAAACGGUUGCACUCGCUAGCCAAGGGUGAGCGACUGAUGUAUAAAAGUGGACAUAGAUAGGUGAUCUAUUCCUUUUGUUAUAGUUAAGGUCGAACUGAGAAAGGAGAACUGUAAAAUAACCGUGAGUGUUUUGUUUGUUUGUCGUGUCUAAUUAUACUUGUUUGUUCCUGCUAGACGGCUAACACGAUC